AUGUAUUUUGAGCCUAGUUUUGCUGCACCUUUAACCCAAACUGGUUUUCUCAAUCGAUACGACACUAUGCAUUGGUUCCGUCCCAACAGGGGCAAGCCAGGGAGCGAGUGGCUUGACCGGUGUGAGGACUUGAUCCUUCCGAUUCAGAAGAUACCUCAUCAGGUUCAUACGCUCGCCAGUUUAAAGAAAUCACCAUCUUUCUUUGUCAUACUACCCACCAACCACAACAUGUCGGAGAGUUCCCAAGCGAGCGAAUCCAAAACAAUUUCUACUAGACCUAUACGAACCAGAAGGCCAGUUAUCAAUCCAUCAAUGGUUUCUCCCAUGCCCGACUCACGCCGCCAAUUGAGCUUGGACCAACCUGUAACCUUGAAAACCAAACGCAAAGACCCCAGUUAUAAUCGCAACGAUGAGGACGCCGACUCUGACGGCUCGAUCAUGAGUAGUCACCCGGAUGGACAGAAGCGCAAGAACAAUCGAAAGACACCAAGCAAUUCAUCCCAGUCCAAGUCUCAACCAAAGAGGAAGAAGAAAGUGAUAUCCGAUGUUGAAUUGGAUGACGACGAGGUAACUAUUAGUAUCACAUUCCAUUCAUUUCAACAUGUAUAUUUAACUUACUCACUUACGGUAUAA